AAGGCGAGUUCGCUGUCGCGGUGUAUGACUUUGCUAGAGGUGUUGUCACUCUAGCAUCAGACCCGUUCGGAACUAAACCUCUGCACUUCGCGAUCACAGCGCCAGACAAUAGUUUAAUGAUGGCUGAUGUCCACGUGAGUAGCUACGCGAGUGCGCUCCAGAGGCUGUUCUCAGUGCACCUUACUCGUGGGACUACACGGUCCUGCUGUCAGAAGAUAUGGCUGGACCGUCAUUUCGAUAUUUUCGUGCUGGCUCGAGUAUAUCCGAAAUUUGUCAUAACAUAUCUAUCUUUUCUACCCAGCUACAACACUCUUUAGUACACAAGUAGUCAAAGCUAGUUUUUGAUGACGUCGAUGAGAAAGAUCUUAGUGAACUUUACUUUAACCAAUGAGUCAUGAUGAGUUGUAAAAAUCUUACUAUAUUUAUGAGAAGUAGAAUCAAUGAUAUUUAAAAAGGGCCCACGCCGCUCAUAGAGAAACAUAGAGACCCACAUUUGACUUCCUAGUCCACUCUUAAUGCAUCGUUGGAGAGCAGGAAGUGGAAGAGUGGCCCCCAAAGCCAUUGGCUAAGGACGUCCAAAUCCGCAUGCUACAACCCAAUACCAUCAUGGAGAUUCCUAUUUUUGGCAGGACAGAUAAUGGAUCAAAAACGUCACCUGGAAGUACAACUAUAAGAGGUCCAACUGGAAGCAUUGAGGAGCAAAGAAGCGCUGCUUUGACAACUGGAAGCAUUCAGGAGCAAAGAAGUGCUACUAGUAGUAUCGUGGUCUUGGCAGGAGAGGAAGAUCAUGAAGGCUCCUCAUCCUACUUGGUGUCCGCUUUCCCAGAAGACAACGAGACGUCCUCAUCCUUGUCCACAUCAACGGGUAGCUCUAAGAUACACCUCAAUACUGGGAAUAAGAUCGAAGUUUCUCCAGUCUUCGAGUUUGACCUGCGGCAGUUCAAAAAAACGACUCAAGAUUGGCGUAAUGCUUUUCAAGCCGCUGUUGCUCGGAGAUUGAAAUACGCCAGACACAGGACAUUGCUAGGUCUAUCAUCGGGCUACGACUCAGGACUAUUGCACCUUGCUUACGUGAAACAUCUAGCUCAAAGCUUUCACAGUGAAAAUAUGGAGUUCGAGAUAUCACCAGGAGACGACUCUAGUAGAAGAAGUAGUGUCAUUUCACACAAUGCUGACGACCCUAAGAGGAGAAGUCUUGAAGCGAUAGCCACAGCUACUAGACGUCCGCCACCUCCGCUGCUCACCUACUCAAUCAAGGGCAUGGAAGACGUGAGCGUUUUUCGCAAGCGUGUCCAUUAUGCUUUAGACAGGGUGAAAGAGCAAGCAAUCUUGAAAAACAGUCUUCGUGAAAAAACAAGUCGUGCAGUUGACACCUAUGGAGGUUCUGGCACACGACGACCUAGUAGAGUUGACCUGGACGCUACAACAACUACUCGACCGCUUGACGAACAACAACAUAGAGGACAAGUUCUUCAACAAGAUGUUGGUGGGGCAGCACCAGCAGUAGAUUCUUCAUCAGCAGUAGAUUCUUUCUUGACGCAGCAAUUUCCGGUUUCAGAGCUUAUUCGCUUUGGAUCCAAUACGUUUGACAAGGAGCAAAAAUUUCUGCAAGAAGUGUGCGAGCCUUAUCGAUAUCGGAUGGA